AUCGUACGAAAGCCGAUAUUGAAAAACAAGAAAAAGAGAAGAAAAGUGAACAGUCAGAAACAGCAAUGAAACGAGCACAGAGUGAUAAGGUUGCUCAUAGUCUGUAUUAUCAAGAUUCUGAUUUUGCUGUUGUGGAGAGAUUGAAACAAAUAGCCGAGAAAUAA